AUUAGAGAAGAGUCAAUAGGUCAAGCCUGUGACUUUAUCCCCACUCAGUGGAAUGGCGUGCGGCGAGAGGUUGUGUUCGCCUUGCACGGCGGGUUAGUAUUUCGCUGCAUCCGUUCAGUGUCGUGUUUCUCGCGUCCUCGCCUGUCCUUUUAAGACAUGAAUGGAAAUAGUGCAACUUCAGCUAAAACAUUAUAAUAAUACCAAUAACAUAAUUAUGUGUUAAGUGUCAUAAGUUUAAGUGUUGUGAAAUACAUCGGGCAUAAUGGGUUCUAAAAUCGAGUACGUGGAUUCGUCACAUUUGUACGCGACAAACUAUGUCAGAAAUUCGAAAGCUAUUGGUGUACUUUGGGCGAUUUUUACAAUAUGCUACGCGAUAAUCAGCGUUGUAGCGUUCGUAACUCCAGAGUGGAUCGGUGAUUUAGAGACUGAAUACCCGAGGAAGUUUGGCCUCUGGCAAGUUUGCAGAACAGAUGAUGCUUUGGAAGACUGUAAAGGGAGGCUGGAUGACUUCUUCUCAAUAAAUGGGCUUGUCUUUAAGAUAGCGACGGCCCUCGUGGGUAUAGCUGUCGCAGCAGCCUUGUUUACCAUCUGCACCAUGUUACUCUUCUUUUUCUGUCAAUCGACCACCGUGUUCCACAUCUGUGGAUGGCUGCAACUUUUGUCUGAUCCCAAAUGUCCCAAAGUUUGCAAAGAUAUCGGCGCAUUUAAAAAAGUGGAGAUGGCGAAAGAGGAAACUAAAGGCGAAGAGGCGAAGUUCGCUCCUCCGGCGGAUGCUACUCCAGUACACGUUGAAGAAAGAGCAACGAUCAGACCACCUCCCAGCAGUGAAGAGUAUCUGCCCAAUCUCAAGCCAGGCCACGACGGCAAGGUGGACUGGACUCCUCUCGGAGAGAUGACGGGCACCAGACCCGGCGUCAACAAGUACUCCCUCAGCAGAUACUCACUGAGCGAAUGGAGGAAGCACAACGACCACGUACUUGACCCUUCAUCCAUAACGGAAUCAAACAUAGUCGACUACAACGCCAAAACGGCUAUCAUGCAAGCUUUCGGCAACAUCGACAAGACGCAGCUGGAAAACAAUAAGAAACUUAAGCAGAAAGCAAAAGAUAUCUACAGGUGGAAAGUGGAAGUUGAAAAAUCGUGUAAAGCGAUUACGGAAGAGGUGGAAUUGCUCGAGAUUGACCGACAGCGACUAAAGGGAGCUUCAAGAACACUGAUGUUGCCUGAAUCAAUAUCAAGAGAGUGCUUAGAUCUUCGAUCCAACCGCUUUGUACCAGAUUUAGUUUCUGAUCUAGCAGAACAGGAGCUGAUCAAAGAAAUGAAUCUAGUCAGCGAAGUAAGAGCUACCCUAGCCAAGACUUUAGACAACAUUGAAGCACAAAUGGCUAUCAAUAAAUCCGCUAAGCAUCGGAUUGAGUACGACUGGUGCGAUAAAAACAUGGCGUACAUUGGUGAGACUAUUAAUCUAGGACUCAAUACAAAAUCUCCUACCAUCAUGUUCAGACCGGGAUCUACAAGGUUCGCGGAUUACUCGGCCCCUUUAGAGUACUGGGAAUUCUUUUGCCGUGAGAAUGUGCAGCAGGUUGAAGCCGCCAGGCAAAAAUCCAGCGAUUUGAGAGGCAGUCUAAACGCCAUUCUCGUCAAUGGAGGUAGGAAGCUUAGAAAUCAAGCGGACAGAACCGACAUGGCCAUAGCAGAGACCGUCGCUUUAACUACAGAGUUAUGCACAAAAUUGGAAGAGACUCUACGAAGCACGGUCCAAAGAAUCGCUGACAUGGAGUGUCUGAUAGACAAUCUGAAAGCUUCUAUACAAAAGAUGGACGCAGCGAUGAAGUUAGCGCAGACAAGGCUGGACAACAGAAACCAAUGGCGACCGCACGGGGAGGCUGUAAGAGACCAACCUCACUUAGGUCUGAUACAAGAAGUUAAGACGAUACACGAGACAGUGACGUCACUUCUCGGGCAGCUGAACAACGCGGAACGGAUACGAGAGGACCUUAUGAAGAAGAGGAUCGAAUUGGAGGCGGCCAUAGCGUCUAAAAGGAAGACGUUGAACAUAGACAGAGACAGGUGCGGUAUGAUCCGCUCACACUAUCCGUCGGCAUCUGAAUUGGCAGGUUUUUAGAAAUCAAAAUUUAAUCCAAAUUAAUAAACAUUUACUCAUAGAAAAA